AAAUUUGUUAUAUCUCAGUGGCAUUUUGCUGGAUAUUUUAUUUUUGUUAUAAAAUGUAUUUUAUGAUAAGGUCAAACAAAACAUUGCUAUUGCAAUGAUGUCGCGUGGUAACGAGUUUGUGUUUAAGACAGAGUAUAUUAAAAACAUAUUAUAUUUUGCCACUUUGAGACAAGAUAAACAAAUCAAAAGUAAGCCAGAUACACAUUAUUUUAGUAUCGAUAACGAACUAGUUUAUGAAAAUUACUUCUCAGACUUUGGGCCCCUUAACCUCGGUUGUGUUUAUAAAUACUGUAAAUUAUUGAGUGAAAAAUUGAAACUAUUUUUGAACAAGCAAGCUAUUGUGCACUACACGUCGCCUGAUCCGAGGAAAGCGGCCAAUGCAGCCUUCCUCGUGGGCUGUUACGGAAUACUGAUCUUGGGCUUAUCUCCGAAAGACGCCUUGAAGCCUCUUACGAUGAAUGGAUCAAUUACUUACCGACCUUUUCAAGAUGCAACUGACGGGGAUUCUAUUUUUACAAUAACUAUACUAGAUUGCCUUAAAGCCAUCAAGAAAGCUCGGGACUUGGGAUUCUUCAACUUUAAAGAUUUCAAUUACGACGAUUAUAAUCGACUAGACAAGAUAGCAGGAGGUGAUCUCAAUUGGAUAGUUCCAGGAAAAUUUUUAGCUUUUAUUGGACCGAUUGAUGUGGACUACAGCGUAAAUCUAUACCAUCCACCUGAGAUAUAUAUGAAUUACUUCUUAGAGAAUGAUGUUAAAAUGGUUAUCAGAUUGAACAAGAAACUUUAUGAUGGAGAUGUGUUCACCCAAGUCGGAAUCGCCCACCACGACCUGUUCUUCCCAGACGGUUCAUGCCCGCCGCGACACAUCCUCUUCAAGUUCCUCCAGAUGAGCGAGGACACGGCUGGAGCUAUCGCCGUCCACUGCAAGGCAGGUCUAGGGCGCACGGGGUCAUUGAUCGGCAGUUACUUGAUCAAACACUAUCGAAUGACCGCGCGCGAAGCGAUCGGAUGGAUGAGGAUAUGCAGGCCGGGCUCGGUCAUCGGCCAUCAACAGGGAUGGUUAGAGCAAAUAGAAUCUUGGCUGACAAAACAAGGCAACAACUACAGGAAAAAAUACUUUAAUGAUGAGGAUCGUAUUCCGGUGCACAAGUACGGAGUGUAUUCGAUUGCCGAGAAGGCCUUGAAAAGGACAACCGGCUCACAGAUUUUAGCGAAAGGCAAUCAAAGUCCGCCGCCGCCCAUCCAGUGGAGCACCCGGUGCGAUAUACUGUCGCCACCAAGGCCUCGGGCCUCCAAACUUAGAGAAGCCGUAAAUAAGCCGCAUAUGCAGAGGGAUAGUAGCACGGAAUCAUCUAAGCACAGUUUUCAGAGGCCUUUCAACAAAGGAGACCAGAACCAACGGGGCCGGUGCACCACGCGGCGCGGCGGAGACUCCGGCGAGCGUCCCACGAAUACGUGUUCCGACGCUAACACCAGAUCCGUGACCACGGCGAAAACCAACACUAGUAGAGGCAGACCUAGUUUCACUAAUUAUACAAAUAUUUGCGUCAGAAAUGUGAAAGCUUCUCGUCCUAUUAACCCGUCUCCAUCGCCAAAGAAAAUAACAGCAGCUGAUAAUAAAAAGAAAACCUCUGUAAAGAGCAAAGAAACAAAUAAUACCGCGAGUAGAUACGAAACACUAAAUAAAUUAUGCCAUGCCCUCACUGUGACUCCGCAUAAUGCCAACAGAGUCACUUCCACCGCCAACGAAAAGACCACUGCGAUGUACAGCACAGCUGCAUCCCGCGGCUCAAUCCAGUCGAGCCCGCGGCGCAGGCUCGGCCGCAGCCCGAGCCCCAGCAACAGCCUGAGCCCCAGCCCCAGUCCUGCGCGGGUGCUGGAGCACUCGCGCGCCACCAACACGCCGAGCACCAGCAACAACGGCAGCAGAGGAUUGCUCGCCAGAGAUGGCUCCAAGUCUUCGUUGAAGAGAGCUCUGUCGAAGCUCAAAUGUGUACCCGUUCCGCGGGACGGGUCGCUCGGCGGGCACUCGGUGGGCACGGGCUCGCUGGGCGCGCGCCGCAACGCGCCCGCGCCCAUGUUCCAGCGCUCGCCGCGCGUGCGCUCCGACGAGCGAACCGUCGCCACGCAGGGAGACGUGCUCAAUAGCAUAAAAUUCCAGAGAAGGUUACGAAACAACAGCAACUGUGAUGACAAGUGGUAAAUUUGAUCUUUA